CGCGCAUGAGUGUGUGCGCACGGUGGUCCUGCACGUUUCGGAAUGCCGACCUGCUGUGCCAGCGGUUGCAAAAGCAGGUACAGCAAAGGAAAGAAGCUAUUUUCGCUUCCGCGAGGAAAAGACAAUGCCGCUCGGCAAGAAGUGUGGCUCCAGCGUAUCGGACGGACUGACUUGGACCCUGUGUCGUCGCGGCUUUGUGAGGACCACUUCUCUGUGGACCAAUUCGAGCCGAUACUGCUGCGCAAGUUUGGUACUAAAAAGUUGAAGAGAGACGCGACGCCUACGAUUUUCAGUCAACAGCAUUCGCAAACGUCAGAAUACAAUGAUUCAGCCCGCUCAUCUUGUGGCUUUAAUCUGCUACUAACAGCAGCUGCUGUUGUUGAUGAAGCCGAAGAGACACACUGCCCAUCUGCUACGAAUGUGCUUCUGACACCAGCUGCUGUUGAUGGUCACACUGCCACUGAUUCAGCACCAUUGUAUUUUCCAGAAGAUGCACCUUCAAGUUCCGAAUGUGACGCACUGCCAGCUUGUUCAACAGCUUGUUCAGCAGGUGUGGAAACCACCCAUGAAUCGAGCUACCAGCCAUUUCAAGCUUUGAUGGUGCCUGUUGAGUCUCAGCAGAACUUUCGUGCUGCCUGUGGAGGAUUUCUGUCUGCUGAGGGCACAGCUGAUGUUAGUGGUAAGUGUUCAGUGCUACUGUUCUCACACACUAUGCAAUAUACACGGUGGUGUGACACUUGA